AUGGUAAUUGGUUUUCAAUUCUUACGAUUUUCUGGUUCCGGAGGACUGUUAGCGGGUUCUUCUGGAGCACCGCCACCGCCGCCACCACCACCUUCUCGUCUUCCGGAACCGGUGGACGCUCCUCCACUUUUCCCAGAGAUUGAUAUAACUCUGGAGGAGGUAGAGGAAAUUUUAAAUUCCUUCGACACUCGCGAGGUCCCGCUAAUCGAUCCCGAACUUGACGGGGCGUUAUGGUUCGGGGUUAACGAUAAAGAUUUGAGGAAAAAAUUUACAGCAAUAAUAACGUCCAAUUUUCCUCAACUCUACUACUGUUGGACGGUGGUACCGGACAACAUCAAACGUUCUUGGUGGCAUUCGUUCAUCCACACCGAUAAAGUUUACAAAGAGUUCAACCAGCUGGGUAUGCAGCGGUUGAAACAAAUGAUGAACAAUGUCAAACGCUGUCAUCAGCUGCAUGGACUGCCACCAGAGUGGGCAACAAAUGACUUGUACCAGCAGCUUCUUAUGCAUUGGAACUCAGACCAUUUCAAGAACAAGAGUUCUAAGGCGAAACAAAGUCGUCUGUCCCAAAAAAUCGAGAGUGAUGGGCCUCAUCGUCAUACCUCCGGUGCUAAAUCAUUCAAGAAGAGGCAAAAAGAGAUGGAGAAAGAAAUGGGGAGAACGCCAUCAAUCGUAGAGUUGGUCGCUCGGACACACAAAAAGUCUGAUGGGACAUAUGUCGAUCCCCGUGCAGAACGAGUUGUAAGCACGGUAACUCAACGACUCACCCAACUCUCGCAAAAUGGUGGCAAUUCAGCGGGUUCUUCAUCCGGUCUCUCUGCAUCGGACCAAGAUCGUUGCUAUGUGGAGUCGGUCUCUCCAAAUAAGGGCCGCAUCUAUGGAUUAGGAGGAUUGCAGCGAGAUUUGUUCGAUAAUUUCGGUGCAGCAAUUCCUCCUGGCAUGCAGAGCGAUCUCGAACAACAACGGCGGAUCGAGACAUUCAAGCAACAACUUGCGACGACGAGGCAACAAGUGACUAAUCUCGAACAAAUCGUUGAGCUUUUGCGGGGUGAUCGGCCACUCCACAAUACGCCGCCAAGCUCGGGAGCAGAAACAACGGCACGUAAUCUCGGGACUAGCGAAGACGAAGAA